AUGGUCACCAAAACCAAAGAUGGCCCCAAACUGCCCAAGCAACAACUGGCAAUUCUGGCCGUCGCCAGAUUCGCCGAGCCACUGGCCGCAACAUCCAUCUACCCUUACCUCCCCGAGAUGAUCAAGAGUUUCGGGGUUCCGAAGAACGAGGUGGCGAAAUGGGCCGGCUUCACAGGGUCCAUCUUCUCAGUUGCUCAGAGCAUGGCCGCCGUGCCUUGGGGGAGAGCGUCUGACCGGUUUGGCCGCAAGCCCAUCAUCCUCAUCGGUCUCACGAGCACCAUGAUCUGCUUCAUCGUAUGGGGCUUGUCGACGAGUCUCACCAUGGCUAUUACCGUUCGGUUUAUCAUGGGAGCGGGUAACGGAAAUGUCGGCAUCCUCCGAACAAUGGUAGCAGAAAUGGUUCCCGAGAAAGAACUCCAGCCCAAAGCCUUCUCCCUCAUGCCCCUCGUCUGGUCCAUCGGCAGCGUCUUCGGCCCCGCCUUUGGCGGUUUCUUCGCCCAGCCCGCCGAGCAAUACCCUUCCCUCUUCGGCAACAUGGACUUCUUCAAGAAAUACCCAUUCGCGCUCCCCAACAUCGUCGCCUGCGUCAUCUUCUUCAUGUCCCUCAUGACCGGCCUCCUCUUCCUGCGCGAAACGCUCGAAAGUCGGCGCGGCCAUCGAGACUGGGGUUUGGUGCUCGGCGAGAAACUCACUCGCCCCUUUAAACGCCGCUCCGGUCAUCACCACCACCACCACCACCGAAACAACAACAGACGACACUCCUUCGUCGACGACGGCGCCUCCGCCCCCCUCCUCGCUCAAUCCUCUCUCUCUCCCACCUCCAUAAUAUCCUCAGUGGAAACCGACCCCCCCACCCUCCGCGAGAUCUUCACCCCGCAAACCAUAAUCAACCUAACCUCCUACACCUUUUUGGCCUUACACUCGGUGGCCUUCGACCAAGUCCUCCCCGUCUUCCUCAACUACCCGCUCGUCUCCCCGCACGACCGCAACCCCUCCAACACCCACCUCCCCUUCAAAUUCACCGGCGGCUUCGGUCUCAGCACCUCCAAAAUCGGCACCAUUUACACCGUGUACGGCAUCGCGUGCGGCGUCGUCCAGUUCUUCCUGUUUCCCUGGUUCUGCGCCCGCUUCGGCGUUUUGCGCUGUUACCGCGCCGCCACCCUCCUUUUCCCCCUCGUUUAUUUACUCACCCCCUACACAGCCUUGAUCGAAGACACGCACACGCGCUACGCCGUCUUCCUCACUCUCAUCUUGAUAAAGGGAGUCGCAGUCAUCAUCGGUUUCCCUUGCACGACGAUUUUGUUAACCAACUCGGCCUCAUCGCUAAGAAUCCUAGGAACGUUAAACGGGUUCGCGACGACUUUCUCGGGUUUGGGAAGGGCGAUUGGUCCCGCGGUGGCGGGAGCGAUAUUUACUUGGGGAGUGACGGGAAGGGAUUAUAUCGUUGCGCCUUGGUGGUUUUUGAGUCUGGUGGCGGCGGUCGGGGCAGUGCCGAGUUGGUGGAUUGUGGAGGGGGAGGGGCCGACGAGGAGUUUGGAGACGGAUUCUGAGGGGGAGGAGGAGGGUGAGGGGGAAGAAGAGGUGGAUGAGGAGAGUACGUUGAUAUUGGACUCCCAGGGGUCGAGGGCCGGUUCGGCUAUGGAUAGGGGGUAUGGGACGGUGAAGAGGGAUGCGCAGGAGACGAGAUGA